CAAUUGAAAGGCAAUUCAGUCUCCACCUCUAUGUAUUCCUAUAAUUCUCGCUAAUCCCAUCUUACACAACGCACAAAAUUCUUCUCAGAGAAAAAAAUUCCGAAUUCUCUUCUUAAUUUGGUAAAAAUUUAUUUUCAUUAAUUUGAAAAUGUCCAGACCUGAUCAAGAAGCAAUUGAUACUCUCAUGAGCAUCACUGGUGUAUCCGAGGCCACUGCUAUUCAGAAACUCGAGACUGAAAAAUAUUUAAUAGUAAUUUUUGUGGACAUGGGUAUCAAACAUAGCUGCCAUUACAUGGUGCAGAAGAAAGAAAGUCCUGUCUAUCAAUGGUCCAGUUAACUAUGCAACUGUUGUAUUUAUAAGCUUUCAAGAUCAGCUCUUGAGGAACUUAACAUCUGAAACUACCGCUUGUGACUUUUUAAUAUUUAUCCACAUUCUUCUUUCCACUUCUUUCUGUCUGCUUCUAACGAGGUAAUGAUAUGUAUUGUGUUGAAAACAGGAGCAUCACGGCAACCUGAAUGAGGCUGUCAAUUCACAUUUCAGUGAAGGAGAUAGAAACAUAACGCAAGAGGCAUCUUUUGCUGCUCCUCAGGAUGAUGUUAUGGAUAUAGAUGACCCCGUUCUGGCUGAAUCUCGCAGACCUUUUUCAUUAUUCCCCUCUGCUAGAGAUUUGCAUCCAUUUUCUUUACUUGAUCCCAGCACCAGAACUUUAUAUAAUAGUGGUACUGGUUUUGGUAGUCGUGCAUCUUUUGUUUCACAUCCAAGAGAGGUGAGGGAGAUCCCAAUUGAAGUGAAGGAUGGGAAUGGACCUGGUGGGCAGUCUGGUACUGCUCCUAUAAUUGAAGAUGUCACUGAAACUGCACAUCAUGGACCAGAAAUACGUGGGACUGUCACAGCAGUUGAUGAUGACGACGAUGAUGAAGAUUAUGUACCAGAUGAACCAAUUACACGUGCUUCUAGGCAUAGGGCACGAAAUAGCACAACGCGUAGUGGACCAAAUAUUCCCGCUAUUGUUGAUGUUCCCGACUACAACAAUGAUAUAGAAGAAGAAAUGAUCCAAGCUGCCAUUGAGGCUUCCAAACGGGAUGCUAGAAUGUUAGAUCAACAAUAUGAUGAUCAACUUGAUAUUAGGAAUCCCACUCAUCAGCCUAGGCAGUCUCACCUAGAAGAUCCUGAGCUUGCACGUGCAAUUUCUUUGUCAUUGAAGACAGCUGAGCAAGAGAAAGUGCCGCAAGAACUGGAAGGAGAAGUUGGAGGGUCAAAACGGGAAGAUCAGAAAUCAGCUGAGGUUGAGGAAUUGGGCAAAUUAACAUCCUCAACUCCAAGGCAACCUUGGUUGGAGGUUGGAAGUCCAUCCAUUCAAGAUGAAGCAGAAGAUGCAGAAGAGCAUCCACUAGUUAGGCAUGGGAGGAGACAAUCACAUAUAUCUUCAGGUUCUGUUGACACUACUACCCAAAAUGUCAAAGUAGAUGUUAACCCACCAUCAAGUCCUCAACAGCGUGAUAGCAUUCGUCAUAUGCAGCAUAAUGGAAGUGACUUCCCGUCUGAUGAGUGGGGUGGCAUCUCAUCUGAGGAACAUGAUGAAGCAGUAAUGCUGGAGGCUGCAAUGUUUGGUGGAAUUCCUGAAGGAAGCGAAUAUCAUGUCCCUUAUGCACCUCGUCCACUCAUGCAGAAUGGUUUAGAUAGACCUAUGGGUCCUCACCCAAGGCAUAUGCUUCGUCCUCCGUCUCCUUCUCUUACUGCACAGCGAUUGAUACGGGAACAGCAGGAUGAUGAGUAUCUUGCCUCAUUGCAAGUUGACAGAGAGAAGGAAUUGAAGGCCCGGGAAGAAGCUGAAGCUGCUUUUGCAGAAGAGAAGCGCAAGGAGGAGGAAUUGCGAAGAAAAAUGGAAGAGGAACAGGAAAUUGAGAGACAAUUAGCAGCAAAGGAAGCUUCCCUCCCUCUGGAACCAACAUCAGAUGAUGAGAAUGCUGUUACUCUUCUUGUGCGAAUGCCUGAUGGCAGUAGGAGAGGUCGGAGAUUUCUCAAGUCAGACAAGCUUCAGUAUCUUUUUGACUUCAUUGAUGUUGGCAGAGGGAUCAAACCUAGCAGUUACAGAUUGGUGAGAGCGUACCCUCGACGUGCUUUUAGUGAUGGAGAGCGUAACUCGACUUUUAAUGAAUUGGGUUUGACCAGCAAGCAAGAGGCCUUGUAUCUGGAGUCAAUAUAGCUUUGUUUAUUUUGUGAACUUGAUAGAAAACCGUUAGUUUAUAUCUUCUAUUCUAAGCCGGGAUUGUGGUUUUGUUGUUUUGAUCGGGAUGGACUAUGACAUGAUUGAUGAAGAUAAUUUGGCAUGCCGAUUGCUAGCAAAAACUGUGUCAAUGGCAUCUCGGUGUUGCUGGGGUCAAGAAAAUAUUCGAUUAGUACGUUGGAAACCAAUUAGACUGCAUUUGAAAAUUCGGCUUCUCCUAAAUUGGAUUCUUUUAAUGCGUGUGCGUGGAAAAGUGAUCAAAAGGGUGUGUUGCACAUUUUGUUCGUUCCAUUGUAUUCUGCACUUUCUGAGUAGUGGUUUUCUUGUGAUUUUGCCCUUAUUCAAAUACUCAUUUCAUUUGGUGUU